UGAUUGGGCUGGGUAGUUUGUCUUGACGCACCACUGUGCUGAGUGCUGGAGGACGUGUUUCAACAGAUGGUUGGGGUUAGUGUGUGUCAUCACAUUGGAGAACGGAUUAGAGGAGGAAGGCUGUCUUCCAGGAGCAGUGUGGUCCCCACAAACACUCUGAGGAGCUCAAGAGUGAACAACCCACAGCGAGAGAGUUCAACUCCAUGAGCAAGACUGACAUCCAGAUUACGUUGUGAGGAUUCCAACCUUCUAAAGUGUGUUCACACACCCCGGUUUGCAGUCCCAUGAUGCAGCUAGUGAGCCUGGCCUGGAUGAUGGUCCUGGCCGCCCCACUGGUCUGCUUUGGUUUCACCACCCGUGGUCAGGGCCUGCGUGGGCGGGUUCAAGGUGACCGACGGAACAUCAGACCCAACAUCAUACUCAUCAUGACAGAUGACCAGGAUGUGGAGUUGGGCUCAUUGCAGGUGAUGAACAAAACUCGCAAGAUCAUGGAGGACGGUGGAACCUCAUUUACAAAUGCGUUUGUAACUACGCCCAUGUGCUGUCCAUCACGCUCUUCCAUGCUUACUGGGAAGUAUGUCCACAACCACAACACGUACACCAACAACGAGAACUGUUCCUCACCUUCCUGGCAAGCUCAGCAUGAGCCGCGCUCCUUUGCCGUUUAUCUCAACGACACUGGAUACCGAACAGCUUUCUUUGGGAAGUACCUCAAUGAGUACAACGGCAGCUACAUCCCACCUGGGUGGCGCGAAUGGGUGGGGCUGAUCAAAAAUUCCCGUUUCUAUAAUUACACCGUCUGUCGGAACGGGAACAAGGAGAAGCACGGCGCGGAUUAUGCCAAGGACUACUUCACUGAUUUGAUUACCAACGACAGCAUCAACUACUUCCGAAUGUCCAAGCGCAUGUACCCGCAUCGGCCGGUGAUGAUGGUGAUCAGUCAUGCAGCGCCUCAUGGCCCGGAGGAUUCAGCACCGCAGUACUCCGAGCUCUUCCCAAACGCUUCCCAGCACAUAACUCCCAGCUAUAACUACGCACCAAACAUGGAUAAGCACUGGAUCAUGCAGUACACUGGCCCGAUGAAGCCGAUUCACAUGGAGUUCACCAACUACCUGCACAGGAGGAGGCUCCAGACGCUGAUGUCUGUAGAUGACUCUGUGGAAAAGAUUUAUAAUGUCCUGGUCGACACCGGGGAGCUGGAUAAUACUUAUAUCAUUUACACAGCUGAUCAUGGUUACCACAUUGGCCAGUUUGGCCUGGUCAAGGGGAAGUCUAUGCCCUAUGAUUUUGACAUCAGAGUACCAUUUUUUGUCAGAGGUCCUAAUGUGGAACCAGGGGCGAGAAACAACUAUCUUGUGCUAAACAUUGAUCUCGCACCCACAAUCCUGGACAUAGCUGGCCUGGACACUCCACAUAAUAUGGAUGGCAAAUCUAUCCUGAAGCUUCUGGAGCAGGAAAAGACUGGCAAUAGAUUCAAACCCAACCGGAAACCCAAAGUCUGGAGGGACACAUUCCUCGUGGAGCGGGGCAAAAUCCUGCGCAAGAAAGAUGACUCAGGAGGCAGUUUGAACACACAACACUCCAACAGCUUACCCAAGUACAAGAAGGUGAAGGAGGUGUGUCAGCAGGCAGAGUAUAAGACGCCCUGCGAACAACCAGGACAGAAAUGGCACUGUGUGGAGGAGGUCAGUGGGAAGUGGCGUUUGCAGAAGUGUAAGGGCUCUCUGAAGGAAGGAUCCAAGAAGCGGGCGAGGAGUCUGCGCUCUCGAAGCUAUGACAGCCGCAAGAAAGACUGCCACUGUGGAGACCGGCCUUACAAAUCGGCCAAGGCAGCACGGCGGGCGCAGAGACAGUUUGCCCAGAGCAGUAAUCCACGCUACAGACAUCGCUUUGUUCACACGCGGCCAGCCAGAUCCCUGUCAGUGGAGUUUGAGGGUGAAAUCUAUGAUGUGGACCUGCAGGCUGAUGACAAAACCCCCCUUGAGCCUCGACCAAUCAGCAAACGGCACCAUGAGCCUGAGGGAGGUUUUGAUUCGGACUUUGGGUUGGAGUCCGAUGACGGAUCGGAGGAGAUGCAGUCGGAUGACACUAAUGCUGUGGGAUACCCCAAUACUCUUAAAGUCACCCAUAAAUGUUUCAUAUUAAGGAAUGACACUGUGCGCUGUGAAAGAGAGAUUUACCAGUCCUCCAGAGCAUGGAAAGACCACAAGAACUUUGUGGACCAAGAGAUUGAACUUCUCCAGGAUAAAAUGAAGAAACUGCGUGAGGUUAGAGGACAUUUAAAGAGGAGGAGACCGGAUGAGUGUGACUGUGGAAAGAAGAGCCACUUUAGCAAAGAGAGAGAGCAGAAAAACAAAGCCAAAAGAUUGAAGAAUAGGAAUGACCAACUCCAUCCCUUUAAAGAGGUCAUGCAGGAAGUGGACAGCAAGACUCAACUCUACAACGAGUUCCGCCGCAGGAAGAAAGAGAGGAAGGAAAGGAAGAGGCAAAGGAAAGGUGAUGACUGCAGUCUUCCUGGCCUCACCUGCUUCACACAUAAUAAUGACCACUGGCAGACUGCCCCCUUCUGGAACUUGGGUGGCUUCUGUGCCUGCACAAGCUCUAACAACAACACAUACUGGUGUCUGAGAACUAUAAAUGAAACUCACAACACAAUCUUCUGUGAAUUUGCCACUGGUUUUUUGGAGUACUUUGACCUAAACAGUGACCCAUACCAGUUAACCAACGCAGUUUAUACAGUAGAGAGGGACGUCCUGAGCCAACUGCAUUUACAGCUGAUGGAAAUGAGGAGCUGUCAGGGCCACAAGCAGUGCAACCCGAGGCCAAAAGGCUUAGAUGCAGAACACAGCCAGCCUGGGACGUCCACAAAGGUUAAGCUGCCCAAUUUCACAGAGGAUAUCGACUGGCAAGGACUGGCAGAUUUGUACUGCAUGAACGAGAGUCUGUACGAACACAGACGCAACUACAGUCCCGACCUGGAUGACUGGACGAACUUUUGGAAGGAUGUAGAUUCUAUGUUUGCACUGCUGAGAAAUGUAAAGAAACUCAACCAAACCGAUAAGCUUGACCCGCUGUCUGAGCUGGGCUCUGGGGUCCUGGAGGAGGCCAGUGGUGCUGGAUUCCCAAUCCGAGAGGAACACCCCCUGAUUCCUGUCACCGAAAGUCCCUCGAGAGGUCCAACACCCAAAACUCUUCAAAAGAGUCGUUUAAAGUCUUCUAAUGAACUCCCAGAAGGCCGCCCAACCAAACUAAGCACUCUUCCCAGGGGAGACACAUGGGUUCAACAGCUGGAAAAAGAGUUGGACACUGAUGGAAUGACUUUUAGCGGCAACGGCGUCACUGAACUGGAGACCCGCCAUGACUUUCUGUUGCGCAGCUCUAAAAUUCUGGAUCGCCACCUGCAGGAAGAAGAGGAGGACAUUUUUCAGGCCCAGGGUUACCUUCCCCUCUCGUCGCAGCCAGCCAAACCCCCAGAGCCCACUGGGAAAACUCCUCCAGCCCAGAGUGACACCCCACAGGAGAAGUGGAAUGGAAGCAUCAGACCUUUUACCCACAAGCCCAGGGUUGUUCAAGACUCGGAGGGUAGCGCCUCGGAACCAUCCCCUUUGAGAAAGGACUGCUUGCCAUGCACUGUGAAGCCAGCCAACUCAGAGACACUAACCCCACGGAGCAUGGACUGCUCUCCUGUAUAAUCCAAUGAAUUAUUUUAUUUUUUACAAGU